AAUGAGGCAAUAAAUGGUUUCAGUGGUCACUGUCAGACCAGCGAUAACAGUCGUCUAAAUUCUCCCAGACGUACACUGUUUAUAUAUUUUAUGUAGCUUGAAGUUUAAGUAGUUUUUCCUAGCUUCCGCUUCGGAUGUCUUCUUAAUCCCCUCCAGCCACCGGAAGCUCUACAUAAAGCCGAGGUUGCAAAGUGCGUCACUGCGCAGAUCUGCUGACAACGAGCCUGAAGUCCAGCAUCGACACUCUCCCUUUUUCUCUUUGUACAAAAAAACCCGAGCUGACGUUUCCACUCAAGCAUGGUGAAGAUUGCUUUUAACUCGGCUCUGGCGCAGAAGGCGCUGGGCAAAGAGGUGCCAGCCGCUGAGAAGGAUCCUGAGCUGGCCUCUGCUACAGCGGGCAGCGAGGGCUCCACAGGUCGCUGUCUGCUCACCCUGCUGGGCAUCGCCUUCAUCCUCAGCGGGCUCAUCGUUGGAGGAGCCUGUCUCUAUCGAUAUUUCACCCCAAAGAGGCUGUAUCACGGUGCGAUGCAGUUCAGUGACGUGUCGACCGGAGCUGGAGGAGAGAGCCAGCCGUACUACCUGCCACGGGUGGAGGAGGAGGUGGAGAUCUCUGACAGCAUGGCCGUCAUCAGCGUCCCACCUCCCCGCUUCAGACCCGGGGACCCUGCCUACAUCCUCCAUGACUUCAACAAGAAGCUGACGGCGUAUCUGGACCUGACUCUGAGGACCUGCUUUGUGAUUCCUCUGAACACCUCUGUGGUGCUCCCCCCUCAGGACCUCAUCGACCUCUUCUCCCAGCUGAUGUCCGGCUCUUACCGCAGCUACUUGGUGCACGAGGACCUGGUGGUGACGGAGCGCAUUGAAGAUGUCAAGCCUCUGGGCUUCUACAUCCGCCGGCUGUGUGACGGAAAGGAAACCUACAGAAUGCAACGCCGCUCCAGCCUGCCAGGUGGAGGCAUCCAGAAGCGCUCUGCGGACGAAUGUUUCACCGUCCGCCACUUUGAGAACAAGUUUGUGACGGAGACCAGGAUCUGCAAGGCUUGAUGGGAAAGCAUGUGCAUAGGUCAGGAAGCGAGAGAGUGAGUGAUAGUGAGAGCCAUAUGUCGGGAAGAGAGAGAGAGAGAGAGAGAGAGAGAGUGAGAGAGAGUGAUGGGGAUAGCCAGAGUGACAAGGUAGAGAAGGAGGGAGUAGGCGAAGGAGGGAACAGCUUUCAGCAGAAAGUUACUUUUGUAUUAAACUCUUAACUCCAGUUUUUGCCUCCCCUGCUUUAACCCCAGUGAAAAGUGAAUUUAAGUUACAGCGUUACAUAGCCUAAACCCCCCCGUACCUGUAUAAGUCAUAGCACUCUCGCUCAAUUAUUCACUAGUUAGUCUUGUACUACUAUUCAGCUUUCUUACUAAGAAUGCACUAAGUUUCAUUUGUUCUGUUGGUUUCUGUUCUGUUGCCGUAGCUUC